AAACCAAUUGCCGGCCUCACUGUGAGUAAAGGGAGCGAGGCGGGGUCGAGGAGGCGGCCGUCGUCUGGAGUGAAAGAGCGCAUGCGUCUUCCCAGUCCGCUCAAUCAUGGCUGCUUUGCGGGCGGUUCCUGGCUUCCUUCUCUCGAGAGUUGUGCUGAGAGGUUGCCGCUCGUUUAGCGGCAGCGGCCCCCGGACCCGUCCCGUUACCGUGCCCGAGCGUAUUGAAGAGAAGCGUCGCGCUGCGUUGCUCGGAGGCGGCCAAGCUCGCAUAGACGCGCAGCACAAACGGGGAAAGUUGACAGCCAGAGAACGUGUGCUAUUGUUAUUGGACCCUGACAGUUUUGUAGAAUAUGACAUGUUUGUGGAACACAGAUGUUCAGAUUUUGGAAUGGAGUCUGAGAAAAACAAGUAUCCUGGGGACAGUGUGGUUACUGGCCAGGGUAGAAUAAAUGGCAGACUGACUUAUGUCUUCAGUCAGGACUUUACUGUGUUUGGGGGAAGUUUAUCUGGAGCACAUGCUCAAAAGAUCUGCAAAAUUAUGGAUCAGGCUGUUAUGGUUGGUGCUCCUGUUAUUGGGCUGAAUGAUUCAGGAGGGGCCCGUAUUCAAGAAGGAGUGGAAUCCUUGGCUGGUUAUGCUGACAUUUUUCUAAGAAAUGUUUUAUGUUCUGGAGUAGUGCCACAGAUUUCUCUUAUAAUGGGUCCUUGUGCAGGAGGUGCUGUCUACUCUCCUGCUUUAACAGAUUUCACAUUUAUGGUUAAGGAUACAUCCUAUCUAUUUAUAACUGGUCCUGAUGUAGUCAAAUCAGUUACCAAUGAAGAUGUAACUCAGGAACAACUUGGGGGUGCGAAGACACAUACUGCAGUAUCAGGGGUUGCACAUUGUGCUUUUGAAAAUGACAUAGAUGCUUUGCUCAAUCUUAGGGAAUUUUUUAAUUUCCUACCACUUAGUAACAAGGAGUCAGCUCCUGUCAGAGAAUGCCAUGACCCUAGUAACCGCUUGGUACAUGAGUUGGAUGCAAUUGUCCCAAUGGAAUCAACCAAAGCUUAUGACAUGUUGGAUAUUGUACAUGCGGUUGUUGAUGAGAGGGAAUUCUUUGAAAUUAUGCCUUCCUAUGCCAGAAACCUGAUUGUUGGAUUUGCUAGAAUGAAUGGAAGAACUGUUGGGAUAGUUGGUAACCAGCCUAAAGUAGCUUCAGGCUGCUUGGACAUAAAUUCUUCUGUGAAAGGAGCCCGUUUUGUUCGCUUCUGUGAUGCUUUCAACAUUCCUAUAAUCACAUUUGUAGAUGUGCCUGGAUUUUUACCAGGGACUGCUCAGGAAUAUGGGGGAAUUAUACGUCAUGGUGCAAAGUUGCUUUUUGCUUUUGCAGAAGCAACUGUACCAAAAAUCACUGUUAUCACGAGGAAGGCUUAUGGUGGGGCCUAUGAUGUCAUGAGUUCAAAGCAUCUACGAGGAGAUGCAAAUUAUGCUUGGCCAACGGCAGAGGUAGCAGUAAUGGGCGCUAAGGGAGCUGUCCAGAUCAUUUUUAGAGGAAAGGGGGCACAUGCAGAAGCAGAAUACGUAGAAAAGUUUGCAAAUCCAUUUCCCGCUGCAAUCCGAGGAUUUAUAGAUGACAUCAUUCAACCUUCAACAACCCGACUUCGCAUUUGCCGUGAUUUGGAAGUGCUGGCAAGCAAACAACAAUCCAAUCCUUGGAAAAAGCAUGCCAACAUGCCACUCUGAAUCUGCUUCAAGUUAACUUAAAUUUGAUGGAAGGAAAUUGGUGCACUCCUGCCAUAUUUAUUGAUUCAAAUUUUGUGAUAUUUUAGGAUAUUUCUAUGGGCAAAAAUCUAUUUAGAAUGAGGUCCUAUAAGAUUUUAGUCCAUUAGAAGGGCUUAUAUUUAAGUUGAUUCGCAUUCACAAAUUCAUUAACACAGAAGUAUAUUGUGAAAUAAAACAUAGUACUUUUAAGUAAAAUAUCAGGAAUUAUUCUAAGGGUGAUUGAAAAAAAUAAUUGUGAAAAGCAGGAUAUGAAUUAGAAAGGAAACACCGGUCUUGCAUUCAUCACAGGCUUUUAAAGUAUAUGGUACUAUGCGACAUAAACCUCCAAUUGGUAGCAAAACACUUAGCCCUGCUGAAUGUAGUGUGUCGCAAACAUUGUGAUUAAAUACAUUAUAGUUAAUUUACAUUUCUCAAGAUUCCUAUGCAGUACAGUCAUUCUGAAAUUAUGUGUGUGUUCAGUUUGAAGGGGUCUAUCAUAUUCAUCGAAAGUUUUUCAAAAAGCAAAACUCUUGAAAAAACGUUUUGAAAAAACUUUGAAAAAUGCCAACAGAUGACCUCACUCAGUGAUUAUACAUGUAUGUUAAAUGGGAUCAAGAAAAAAGCUGAAACUUGUGGCAGCCUGCAAAACAAAAGCCUAGGGCUGAAUCUCUAUUUGCCUUCUCAACAACAAAGGAAACUGGAUAUGGAGGAAGAGAAACACUAGACACCAUGCCUCUUGCUCCCAACCUCCUCAAAGUCCAAAAACAUACCAUGAUUGAUGGGGGUGAGCCACAGAAAACACCAGAUUUUGAGCUGUCUGUGACAGAGACUAAUGACAAUAUCUCCCAAGUCCAAAUCCCAUCACGAUUGCAUGGAGACAAAAACCAGGCCUAAUGUAUGAUCUUUUUGUGAGUCAGUCUGUCAACAAUCUCAGACAGGUCUAUGGUUGCCAUGAACUCCCGAACUACCCUCAACUCCAGGCAAAGCAAAGGCAGGGUGAAGUUCCCCAUAAGCCUGAAGAAUACCACUAAGAAGCCUGCCAGAGUCCAGCAGUUCAGACAGGGAAGCUGCUGCAUAACAAGAAGGCUGGUACACAAGUGACUAUCUCAUCAGAUUCCAAUGGCCCAAUUUUACAAAUAGUGUGUCAUCCCUGGAAGCCACCAUCUCAAGAUGUUAAAAUUAUGUUCAAGAAUGGAUAGAACAGGAUCUCUUAAGGCAACAAGAUCUGUUCAAAAAAAGAAUAGUACCGAGCAAAGUGCUUUGCACACACAAAAGAUAAAGCCCACUAUUACAGUAAUUGUUUCCAACAUUUUCUUUAAGCAUUAGAAGUACAGUAAAUGUCCAUUAUAAACAUUUUAGAGAAAAGCUAUACAAAUGGGUAUUUACUACGGCUAUCUAAGAGAGGUUUUUUUUUUACACAUAGUGAAUUAAUCAAAGGUGUGUGUGAAUAUUUUAAUGCUCCUGACCAUUUCCACAUAUGGGGUGAAAAUGCAACAAUUUUGCUUCUAUGUGAUGUAAAGCACCAGCUGAUCAAUUUACGAACCAACUAAAACAUGUAAGAAUGGAAUGAGUUCUCACAAAUAAUUGAGAACGCAACACAGUAUCCCAAAGCCAACACAUCUGUUAAAAAGUCUGCAUUUUAUGCAGAUGAAAAAUGUAUUCCAGAAUAUGAAAUGUAUUAAAUGUAUUUUAUUUUUUCAUAAAAUACUAGUAUUGCCACAUAUGUUUUGAUGAAAACAGGAUAAUUAAACCAUCUGCAAGUACAGCGAUCUCAUUCAAGGUGCAUUAAACUAAUCUUAGAAAAAAUCAACAGCUAACAGGGAAUCUCUAUCGAUUGGUGGCCAUAUUUACAACUGCAAUCAAGAUACAAGAAAGACAUGGAAGAAUAUGGAAUUGACACGGAACCAAAACAAUUAGAUAAAAUUGUUGAUAGGCCCUGAAGGAAAGUUAAUAUCCAAAAUAUACAAUUAUCUAUUAGAAUUUGAUAGAAUAGAGGAGGUGGUGAAAGAACCAAUGAUUGCAUGGGCUAAAAAUAUAGGGCAUAAUAUAGAUUUAGACAAUUGGGAAAGAAUUUGGAACAAAAAUUACACUAUAACAAAAUCUGCUGCUGACAAGGAAAAUCAGUACAAAAUGCUCUACUGCUGGCACCUAGCCCCAGCAAGGCUGGCUAAAAUGUAUUUGAAUCUAAGCCCAAAAUGUUGGAAAUGUAACCAUCGUCAAGGUACUUUUUUUCAUGCUUGGUGGCUAUGUCUUGAAGCGGAAAAGUUCUGGACUAAGAUACAAGGAUGGAUACAAGAGCUAAUAAAAUGUCAAAAUAGAAUUAAACCCGGAAACAUUUCUCCUGGGAAUACUUAAAACAAAAUUUGAUAGAAAGAUAAGAUAUUUGAUUCUACAUAUAUUAACAGUGGCAAGAAUUGUGUUUGUGCAAUACUGGAAGGAACACAAUACACCACCAGAGGGAUUGAUCAUUCAGAAGAUAUAUGAAUGUGCCAAAAUGGGUAAACUGACUCUAGAAUUAAAAGAAAAAGAUGAUUCGGAAUUUUAUGCGAUUUGGGAAAAAUGGUACAUCUGGAUAGAUAAUAGAAAUAAAAAUUGGAAAUAUACAUAAGGCUAUUGAGAUUAGAUACUGAAUGUAUAUAAAUGUAUAUAUUGUAUGGAAUGUUGAUCUGAAGUAUAUGAAAUUGACAGACUGUUGAUUAUGUAUUAGAGUUGUCUAAAAGAAAAUUGUAAUAAAUAUUUCAAAAAAAAAAAAAAUCAACAGCUGGGAUGCCAAAACAAUAUUAAAAGAACAGAACAAUUCAGGCUGAUGCAGGUAGAGAUUGUUAUUCCAAUCAGAUCACAAUUAUAAUUCCAGGACAAAAAAUAGCAACUUUGUACUUUACUAAUACUUACUGAAUCCACUGAGAUUCACUCAUCAAAAUAUCAAAGAUUACAUUCUCAUGAUACACCUAGCCAUUGCUGUACCAGAUUUCAAGGCUCACAUAAUAUGCCAGGCUAAAAUAUGCUAGGUUAAUUUAUGGUUCAGUAUAUCCUGUGAAGACUAAAUCUUAUUAGUGUAUAGGACAGAACUGCUACAAAAGUGAUGUAAGAGCUUACAAAGCCUUUCUGAAGUCUAAUACAAAUUGCUCCACUUUUAAUCAGCUGGAAGAGAUUUGCAUAAUCGGCAGAGACAGCAGAAAUGUCAUGAAAGUAAAUUUUUUGCUCAUUUAAUUGUCCAAAUUGUAUACUACUUUAUUCAAUUCAUAUUUUACUUUUCUGCCCUGAAUCAGACUUAAGGUAUUGGUAAUAGAAAAUGUAAUUUUACCACCUUCUCAAAAUAAAUCUGUUAUGUUUUGUUUA